AAUCCCUUUCUCUCGCGCUGAAAUUUUAGGAUGCUAAGAGCAAAACUUCCAUUAUUCGGCCUUCUGGCCCUUGCUUUAUCUCUGUUCCCUGAUGCAUGCAUCGCUAGAGGCAAACACAAGCACUGUGGCUCUUCUUUCUGUGGAAACAUUAACAUCACUUACCCUUUUCGAUUAAAAAGUCAGCCUCGUAGUUGUGAUUACAAUCGUUAUGAACUAGUAUGCGAGAAUAACCGCACCAUUUUCCCCAUGAAAUAUGGGAAUUUCUAUGUCCAACACCUCUCUUAUAGUGACAAAACCAUUCAACUUUUAGACGUGAGUCUCGGCAACGACAACUGCUCCAUUCCUCAUAGUUCCUAUCCUUGGUACACCCCUUUCGCGAAAGAACUACAUCUCUAUCGAGCCACCACUGAAUAUAGCGUCAUGUAUCUCAUAAAUUGCACGACGCAGAUCAACAACUCUUCCGUUUAUAUCGAUGCUUUUCGUUGCACCAAUACCCCUUCCUCCUCUCAACCUCCGUACUUUUACUUUUUGGAUGAAAAUACAGCACCGUCUGAAUUCCAUGAGUCAUGCACUGUUGAAGCCCGGGUUCCAAUCAUGGUUGCCAGUAUCACCGGCCUCUCUACUUUUGAUAUUUACACAAAGCUGUUAACGGGAUUCCAACUCUCAUGGUCGACUUCCUAUGAUGAUUAUGUUUGGCUGCGGUGGGACUCAAUUGUUAACGUAUUGCUAUCCUUGCUCCAACUGUUGUUGCUUCCGCUGGCGAUAUAUAUUCAAAGCAACCUGGCUUUUUUCCUACCAGAUUAUUUCCUUGCACCUUAUAAAGGAGGAAUCCAGAUUCUUUGUCUUGCAAUAACAGGAAUUCUAUUACUAAGAACUUUUUUGGGAAUAUCAUGCUUGAUUGCAUUGGUUAUACGCAAAUUAAGAAAGAGGCAUUUGUCGAUGGAUGACGAGAUUGAGAAUUCUCUUCAGAGUCAUAACAAUUUAAUGCCUAUAAGAUAUUCUUAUUUUGAAAUAAAAAGAAUGACGGAUGGCUUCAAGAAUAAAUUAGGUCAAGGAGGAUAUGGCUCUGUGUUUAAAGGAAAACUUCGAAGUGGUCAACUUGUUGCAAUAAAAUUGUUAAACAAAUCAAAAGCUAACGGCCAAGAUUUCAUCAAUGAAGUUGCAACUAUUGGAAGGAUUCAUCAUGUUAAUGUGGUAAAACUUAUUGGAUUUUGUGUGAAGGGAUCAAAACAAGCUCUUGUAUAUGAUUUCAUGCAGAAUGGGUCCUUAGAUAAAAUAAUAUUUUCAACUGAAAGUAACACUUUGAGUUGGCAAAAAAUGUUUGAGAUUGCAUUGGGAGUGGCUCGAGGUAUUGAAUAUUUACAUAGAGGUUGUGAAAUGCAAAUUUUACAUUUUGAUAUCAAGCCACAUAACAUUCUUCUAGAUGAGAACUUUACUCCAAAAGUUUCAGAUUUUGGCCUCGCAAAGUUGUAUUCAGUGGAUGAUGAUAUUGUUUCUCUCACAGCAGCACGAGGUACGCUAGGAUAUAUGGCUCCUGAAUUAUUUUAUAAAAAUAUUGGAGGCAUCUCAUAUAAAGCUGAUGUUUAUAGUUUUGGAAUGAUGUUAAUGGAAAUUGUUGGAAGGAGAAAAAAUUUGAAUGCCUCUGCUGAAUAUUCAAGUCAAAUUUAUUUUCCAUCAUGGAUUUAUGAUCGGUUUGAAGAAGGAGACAUCAUUGAGCUUGGAGAUGUGACGGAAAAUGAAAACAAAAUUAUGAGGAAAAUGGUAAUAGUAGCCUUUUGGUGCACACAGAUGAGGCCCACAGAUCGUCCUUCAAUGAGCAAAGCCUUGGAGAUGCUUGAAAGUGAAGUUGAGCUCCUUGAAAUGCCUCCCAAGCCUUCUUUCUCUGGAAAUGUCAACUAAAGAUAGUAAGAAUUCAAUAAACAUAAUAAAUCACAUCAUUUAUUACAAAAAUA